UUCAUGACUUUUCUUCAUAUUCACAAGUUGCAAACGCGGUUGUCACUAGCAUAGGGCCUCAUAAAUUUGCUAUAUAAAACAAACAUUUAUUUAUACCAUAAACAACAAUCUACCUCCACACAAAAAAUAUCUUCUGAAAGAAAAAAAAAAAAGAGAGCAUUAUACUGUCAAUUUCUCUGAAUUUUAGCAAAACUAGUAAGGAAAAGUCAGUUAUCAUUAUUGUUCAUGGCAGAAUCAAGUUAUGCGACGACUAUGGCUAGUAAUCCGAUUGCUGUAAUCGGAUCCCAAUAUUGCGCGGCGAACCAGGUUGAUCUUGUUAUAUCUAGGAAGGUCAAGACACUUAGAUAUGGAGAAUUUGUUGUUUCAGAUAUGAAUGGCAACUUCAUCUUCAAAGUUAAAGGCAUAGCUUUUGGAUGGCAUGAUAAGAGAGUUAUUCUUGAUGCUGCAGACAAGCCCUUAAUCACUCUCAAACAAAAGAUACUGAGUAAUCAUUCGAGAUGGAAUAUAUAUAGAGGAGAAAACACAGAUGACAAAGAGGCUUUAUUUACUGUAAAGACGACAUCCAUAUUUCAAUGGAAGACCAAAUUAGCUGUAUUCUUAGCAAAUAACAAUUCCAAGGAAAAGAAUUGCGAUUAUCUGAUUAAGGGAAGUUGGUCCGAAAGAUCAUGUGUUAUAUAUGCUGGAGAUUCUUCUACCAUAGUUGCUCAGAUGCAUAAAAAAAUUACUGGUAAGAGCUUAUUGAUUGGAAAAGAUAAUUUCAUGGUGACAGUGUAUCCAAACGUUGAUCAAGCCUUCAUCGUCUCAUUAAUAGUAAUACUUGAUGCAAUCAAUGCAGCUGCCACAGCUGGCGCAUCAGGUGCUGGUGCUGGUGGUGGUGCUGCUGCUGCUGCAAUAUCUUGUUAGAGGCAUUUAGCCCGUUUGGCCAAGCUUUUGCAAAGUUAAAAAUAUUUAUAUUUUUCUUGCACUACUUAUUUUAGAGUUUGCAUACAGGUGUUUGGCCAAGUCUCUUAUCUUUAAUGUAUCAUAUUUUAAUUAAGAAAGUUGUUUUAGUCCA